GUUCAGUACGCAGCCCUGCGUUGAGGAUAUCGGUGAAACUCGCAGUCAUUCGCGCUGCGUUCAGCCUUCAUAUCAUCCGACUGACCGCUGCGUGACGGCCAUUCACGCCAUUCAAGUCAACAUCUUCAGGACUCGUGCGGUGUUUAUUGAUCACCGGUGCGGCGAGCGCGUUAAAUGGAUUAAAAUGUGAAUCUAUGAGUUACUUUGCAGCAAAGGCUGAAAUCUGACUGACAUCAUUCACCAGGCAGCUCUGGAACAGGAUUUUAAAGAUGGAGCUCUGGGUUCUGCCAGUAUGUCGGAUCAGCUUGAUGUUGACAGUGAUGUCGUCCACUGGUCAGGGAGUAGCGAGCCAGAUGCAGAGUGCUUACUUCCUCCCUGAAUUUGCACUUUCUCCACAAGGAAGCUUUCUGGAAGACACAACAGGAGAGCAGUAUCUCACCUAUCGCUACGAUGACCAGUCCUCAAGAACAACCCGUUCAGAUGAGGAGAGGGACACCGGUUGGGAUGCCUGGGGCACGUGGAGUGACUGUUCUCGUACCUGUGGAGGCGGAGCCUCAUAUUCUCUGCGCAGGUGUCUCAAUGGCGGGAACUGUGAGGGCAGAAACAUCCGCUACAGAACAUGCAGCAACACAGACUGUCCUCCAGAGUCAGGUGACUUCAGGGCUCAACAGUGCUCUGCCCACAACGACAUCAAAUACCAGGGACAAACCUAUGAGUGGAUACCUGUGACGUACGAUCCUAUUUCACCCUGCGCCCUCCGAUGUCAAGCCCGGGGGAAAAGCCUGGUGGUGGAACUGGCGCCCAAAGUGUUGGAUGGCACUCGGUGCAAAGCGGAUUCUCUGGAUAUGUGCAUCAGCGGGAUUUGUCAGGAAGUUGGCUGUGACAGACAACUGGGAAGCAACGCUAAGGAGGACAACUGUGGCGUGUGCGCUGGAGACGGUUCCACUUGCCGACUGGUCCGAGGCCAGGCUCUGCCCCACGUGUCACCUGAAGAACCCAUGAAAACGGUGAUCGAGGUGCCGAUGGGUAGCAGAGGCCUCAGAUUCACAGCCAAGGGACCGGACAUAAUUGUGAUUGAAGCGAAUGCACCAAACAGCAGGAGAGAAGAGGUGGUGUUCAGCUCCUCAGGUUCUCACGCUCUGGGUAACAACACGGUGGAGUACCAGAGAGGAGCAGAAAGACAGACCCUCCGCUGCUAUGGGCCACUGUCUGCAGACUUCACAAUAAAGGUGAAGUACGCCGGCCCUAAAGACACAGUGAUGCAGUUCUCGUUUUACCAGCCCAUUCGCUACCAGUGGAGGGAAACUGACUUUUUCCCCUGCUCUGUCACCUGUGGAGGGGGUUACCAGCUCAAUUCGGCUGAUUGCAUGGACAUUCGUUACAACAAACCGGUUGCGGAGCAUCUGUGCCACAGCUUCCCAGAGAACACCAAACCCACACCCAAACUCAAGGAGUGCAACAUGGACCCCUGCCUCGAAAGUGAUGGCUUCAAGGAAGUGAUGCCCUACGACCAGUACCAGCCUCUACCUCGCUGGGAGCAGAACCCGUGGACGUCGUGUUCGGUGUCGUGUGGAGGAGGCUCUCAGGAGAGAAGUGUGGUGUGUUUGGAGGAGGACAUUCACGGGCAGGUCGUGCAGGUCGAGGAAUGGAAGUGCACACACUCCCCUCGACCAGUCAGCAAACAGAGCUGCAACAACUUUGAGUGUCCGCAGUGGAUGGCCAUGGAAUGGUCUCAGUGCACGGUCACCUGCGGCCCAGGUUUGCGGUACAGAGUGGUGCUGUGUGUGGAUCACCUUGGACAACAUACUGGAGGCUGCAAUCCUCACCUCAAACCCCAAAUCAAAGAGGACUGCCUGGUGCCCGUCGCCUGCCACAAACCACGAGAGAGCCAACCUGUUGAAGCCAAGCUGCCCUGGUUGAAACAGGCUCAAGAGUUGGAAGAAACCAAAGUAGCCUUGGAAGACCCAACGUUCGUCCCAGGUCCGUGGUCAGCCUGCAGUGUGUCUUGUGGUCUGGGCGUUCAAAGGCGUCAAGUGAAAUGUAAAGUGCUGCUGUCUUUUACUCAAGCCGAAGUCGAACUACCUGAUGAAGAGUGUGACGAGGACAAGCCUGCCUUACAAAGGACCUGCGAUUCAGACCCCUGUUUAGCGUCUCCAGACUCUUCCUGGAAGCCCGUGAGAACCCUUGAGAUCCCUGAUCAGCGUGGCUAUGUUUGGGAAUACAUGGGCUUCACUCCCUGCUCUGCUUCGUGCGCUGUUGGCAAACAGAUGGCUGUUGUCAGGUGUAUGAGCACCUUGAAAAAGGAAAUUGUUGAUGACACACUCUGCAACGGAUCCAAAGCGCUGCUCUCCUUGCUUCGCAUCUGUAACCCUCAGCCAUGUCCUCCGAGAUGGGAGGUGAGCGUGUGGAACCCAUGUUCUGUGUCGUGUGGUGUGGGGCUGCAGACGCGCAGUGUGUCCUGCGUGAGGUCUGUGGCAGGAAACCGCACUGAAUCUGUGUCCAGUAAAGAAUGUGUGGAAAGAAGACCUACAGAACUGCAGGCCUGCAACCAGGUGGCAUGUCCACCGGCCUGGGAGGCUGAGGAGUGGCAGCAGUGCUCUCAUUCGUGUGGCAGAGGUACUCAGUGGCGCAAGGUUUACUGUAAACAGAGACUGGCUACUGGAAGCUACCGCAGGCUAAACGACGAGGAGUGCGCUGGUACCAAACCCGACGUCCACAGGAUCUGCAUCAACCCUGACUGUCUGCUGCCUCGCCUGGAAGGAGGAGAGUGGUCAAAGUGUUCUGUGACGUGUGGUAAAGGCAUUCAGCGGCGGGAACCCGUGUGUAGGAGACAGACGGCCUCCGGUCAGCUGGUCACUUUGGACAGGUCGGCCUGCAGUGACCUUCCCCCUCCUCCCCUGAUCAGAAGCUGCCGAAUGAGCCCAUGCAGCAAGCACAAGCACUCCAAAAACCGUUGCCCUCAGGUCAUGGGCCUGAAACGCAUCUACAUCCAGACGAGACAAGAAAAACGCCUCAGUUUUACCAUCGGAGGACGAGCCUACCUUCUUCCCAAGACCUCCGUCGUUAUCAAGUGUCCGGUUCGGCAUUUUCCUAAAGCUCAGAUCCGUUGGGAGAAGGAUGGGAGCGAGCUGACCAGCUCCAAACGUCUGAGCAUCACCAGAUCUGGCGCUUUGAGGAUCUACAACCUUGAGGCUGAAGAUAUCGGACUAUACCGAUGCUGGGCCAACCAAGAUUCAGACAUCUUCAUCCUGAAGCUGAUCGGAUACAAUAACAGACUUUUGGAGCAUCCCGAAGGAAAGAGUUUGGGAAGUAGAAACUUCCAUCCGUACGUCAAUAAAGAAGGAGGCUACGUCGGUUCAAAGUGCCACGAGGGGUUUCCACCUGGAAAGAAGCCUCUUAAAUCUCACCCAAGCUGGAUGCAAAAGAACGAGUUCUACCGGGACGACGACGGCCAGCCUAAGGAGCUCUGGGAUACGCUUGCUUUAGGGAACUAUGCUUUGGCUUCAGCCGCCAGGAGCCACACAGGAGCUUUUGUCCUUGAUCCUGCCCAGUUCGAGGAGCUCGUGAAGAACAUCAGUCUGCUGGCUGAGAGCGGAGAUGUGACGGAUGAAAUGGCGUUGCACCUGAUUGGGAAACUUAUGGAGGAUCUGGCUGCCGCGGGGCAAGACUCAUCGACUGAGGAAAGCACUACGAUGGAUAAUCAUUUAGAUAGGACGCCGAACACUUCUGAACUUUUCGAGGGAAAUGCACCAAAGAAAGGCAGCCGAGCGUUAAUCGUUCGUCAAAAGCAUCACGGAUCUGCCAUGAGCUUCCAGAGGGAUCUCAGGAUCCAUGUGGGCAGAACCGCUUACCUAACCAAUGCUACCCAUAGUCUCACGCUGAUGUGUCCCGUGCAGGGACUGCCACCUCCAAACCUCUCCUGGAGCAAAGAUGGAGCUCCGCUUCAGAACAGCGAUAGGGUAUCGUGGGACAGCGAUGGAGAAGUACACAUCCUCAGCCCCGGCGCCAGUGAUGUGGGAACCUACAGAUGCACCGCUACCAACGAUUUGGGCUCUGAUUCAGAGACAACACUAGUUCUGCUGGCUGAAAGUCCCACGAUCGCUGCCUCACGGACAAACACUUCAGAUGUGAAGAGUGGCAGUCUGAAGGUGGUGGUUGGAGGGGUUGUCAGCGUCCAUUUAGAUGCCAACCUUACACUCGAGUGCCCCGUCAAAGGUGUCCCGCGGCCAACAGUGAGCUGGCACCGCAAGGAGGGUCCGCUGGCCGCCAGCGCCAGCCCUCUCCCGGACGGAUCUCUGCUCCUGAGAAACCUCACACCGCAAGACUACGGCACCUACUCCUGCGUGGCUGCCAACAGCGUCGGAAAGUCGGUGGCCUCCAGCCUGCUACGUGUGGCGGGAGGAGCUGUGGGCGAAUCUGAGCACCAGGCUUCAAAGGAGAUGAAUAGGAAGAGGGUUUUGAUGGCCUCUGUGAUCGGCACCAGCAUCACGGUUAAACCUGGAGAUACCUUACGGAUAGGUUGUCCGGUGGUCCCCAGUCACAGAAAGCCCAUCAAGUGGUCGUAUCAGAACCAGACCCUGAAGCAGAGUCCAGGCGUGAGCCACCGCAUGCUGGUGGGGGGACGAGUCUUGGAAAUGAACACGCACGGAGGGAAGUUUGACGGACGAUACGAGUGCCAAACACAAACCAACAACCAGCAGCGUCUCACGGCAUGGAUUCAUGUGCUUUCACAGGAGUUUGAGUGGCGUUUGGGUGAGUGGAGCACAUGCAGCGCUUCCUGUGGCAACAGAGGUACUCAGAUGAAGAAGGUUCAGUGUCUGACGUCAGAGGGCCAAGAGAUGCCUCGUUCGGUCUGUCAUCAUCUUUCCAAACCGAUCAGUCAACCUCGGCCAUGCAACCUGCUGGACUGCCCUCCCAGUUGGGUGUCAACUGUGUGGUCCAGAUGCUCCAGUUCCUGUGGGCGGGGCUUCAGAGAGAGGCGUGUCUCCUGUCAGCAGGUGGAGGCAUCAGGGAGCGUGAGGGUUUUGUCCAGCACAGCGUGUGAAGGAUCUCCUCGACCUGAGGACAGGGAAGAGUGCAGCUCACACGCGUGUGUGGAGUGGCUCACCGGCCCCUGGGGGAAGUGCACAGGUCGCUGUCUGGGGCCUGCGGUGGCCACGCAGAGCAGAACCGUGUCAUGCAAACACUUCAGCAACUCCACGUCCAAAACCUGCGACCCAAAAGAAAGGCCGUCACCCGUGAGGAACUGCUCGUCAGAGAUGUGCGACGUGCACUGGAAGGUGUUCCCGUGGAGGACGUGCACGGCGGCGUGCGGCAGUGGCUUCCAGUCCCGUCGUGUUGAAUGCAUCCAUCGCCAAAACAAAAAAACCCUCCCCGACCUGCACUGCGCCUGGCAACGGCGGCCUUCAACCUGGCAACACUGCAACAUCACUUCCUGUGGCAGUGAGUGUAAGGACAGAACCCACUACUGUCCUGUGGUGAAACGUCUCAAGCUUUGCCCCGUGGAUCUGUACCGGCAACGCUGCUGUCAGACCUGCUCACAGGACACCAGCACCACCUAGUGACCACCAGCGGCACAAGAGCCCGAACCAACAGACGCCCUUCUCAGUCACCGCACUGAUUGUCUCUCGUGAUACAGAAUAUUGUUCAAUCAUACCAACAAAAAAGACAUCUGGAGUGUAUGGACUAAAAGAAAUCUGGUCUACACUUCACUGGAUGUUUUCCCAUAAUCAUCAGAAGUCCAAAGAGAAAAUCACUUGAUGAGAUUUAUAACUUCUCUCUUCACCAGCUUUUCUGCAGAUCUCCUUUUAUCUUGCCCUGAAAGUGAUAUAUGUGUAUUAAUUUAAGAUUUUUACUUGUGAAUAUGAGAGGACGAGUCUUAUCGGACCAUUCACCGAUGUGAAGGAAAUAUAAAAGCCUCUUGGGUGUACAUGAUGUGCUGAUAUGAAUAAUAUCAGUAGUGCACAGCUUUGAAUAUUAAGAGAGAGACACUAUCAAACAUUUUUGAUUUUCUUUAUUAAUCAGAGUCCUACCCUGAAGUCAACGUUUUACUACAAAAGUCAACAUUACUUCAGAAUGAAAAUGAUAUUCAACAAGAAAAAAGUAGGGAGGGGCUUUAUUAUAUUUAUUAGAACUUGAUUGGCUCAUGAGUGGAGUCAGGUGGUCAGAGGGGAGGAGUUAAAAGGAUUUAUGAUGUCAGCCGAAAAGGGAAAUCAUUUUAGAGGGAAGCAGGUUUUAUGGAAGCUUAUUUACACCACAAAUGAGAAAAUAAAAAUGGUAAUUGACCCUUCGCAUAGAAGAUAAGCCAUGCAGCUCUCACACUCCACAUCGUGUUCUCACACAGGGAAAAUUACAUUGCGGAGGAAAGAGGAAACUGACAAUGCGCUGACAGACACAAAAGAGCAGGUUACUUUAGGUAUAAAACACAGUCUCAGCUUUCAAAUUUAGUAAUUUCUUAAUAAAUUCAAACAAUAAGUAAUAAUAAUACAGUUUUGUGGCUCUUUAUUGUGUCGCGACAGAUCGCUGUUGCGCCUCAGUUCAAGCGGCACAUGAACUGAUCAUUUCUUCCUCUUUACUACUAGUAAUAGCACAAAAUAAACAUGAAUGAACAUCAGAAGGUAUCUUGUUUCAACUGCGGAAAGAUGUCAAUACACAAAGUUUUUCAAGUUCAAGUCCACUGGCGUUAAUCCACUCUCCUUUUUGGUUUGUUUGUCAGACAAAUUGGCAGAUUCAGUGUUGUGAUUGGUCAGAUCACCUGCCAGUCAAACUCCAGACAAAGGGUCAAUUGUGUUUUUUUGAAUUUAUAUCUCACAAUUCAGACAUUUUUGUUUGUAAUUCUGAGGAAAAAAAAGUCAGAAUUGCAAGAUAUAAACUCAGAUUUGCCAAAUAUAAACUAAUAAUACUGAAAAGAAAAGUCUAAAAUGUGAAACAUAAAUAAAAAAUAAGAAUAGUGUCAAGGACUUUUUAUCUCACAAUUUUGAUUUUUUUUUUUUCACAAUUACAAGUUAUAUCUCAAAUUUAAGACUUUUCUUCUCAGAAUAGUGUGUUAUAAACACUCAGUAAGACUUUUUAAGAAUUGCAAGUUUAUAUCUUGCAAUUGCGAGUUAACAUCUCUAAUCGACCCUUCGCAGGGAGUUUGAUUGACAGGUGAUCUGACCAAUCAUAAAGUAGAAUCCGCCAUUUUGGUCCAACAAACCAGACAGGAGGGUGAAUUAAUGUUGGUGGACUUGAACUUGAAAAAUGGUGUGUAUUGACGUCUUUCUGUGAUUGAAACAAAAUAUCUUAUGUUCAUUUAUGAUUAUUUAUCUCAAUUUUCAGGCUUUUCUUCUCAGAAUAGUAUGUUAUAAACAUUCAGCAAGACUUUUUCUAUCAGAAUUGCAAUUUAUAUCUUGCAGUUGCGAGUUAACAUCUUGUAAUCGACCCUUCGCAGGGAGUUUGAUUGACAGGUGAUCUGACCAGUCAUAAGGCUGAAUCCACCAUUUUUGUCCGACAAACAAACCAGACAGGAGAACGAAUUAAUGUAGGUGGACUUGAACUUGAAAAAUGGUGUGUAUUGACGUCUUUCUGCAGUUGAAAUCAAAUAUCUUAUGAUGUUCAUGACUUGAGGUGCUGAGGUGUUACAGCGAUCUGUCACGACACAUCAAAGAGGCACAAAAUGGUAUUUACUGUUUGAAUUUCUUUGUUUCAGACCUAAAGUAACCUGCUCUGUCUUGUCUGUCAGCGUGUUGUCAGUUUUCCUUUGUUUCAUAAUGUAUUUUUUACUGCGUGAGAACGUGAUGUGUGGUGUGAGAGUGCCAUGGCUUGCCGGUCAUAGUAACAGUAACGGAAGGGGCGGGUCUUUGACCUUUUUUUUUUUUCUCAGAACUGGAAGUUUAUAUCUUGCAAUAGAGGGUUUGCACUUACAUCACGAUUUGGUCAGUUACCCAGAUGAGCGGCCAUAUUGGCAAUACUCAGAUGUAAACAACAGCAUGGAUUGCAUGAUUAAUGUACUACUGAAUACAUUGUUCUGCUAAUUUAUGCUGUCUAAACCAAAGAUACAUAUGAGCAGUAUUAAUUAAGAUAUUAGCGUAAUAUUUCAUCUAUCUGACUGGAAAUGAUAAGAACAAACACAAAUGUUGUCAAGAUUCUUGGCCUGGAAAUCCUGCUUCAGUUUGGCCAACCACAAAAGCCUUUUGUUCCUCAGUUUUUUUGCUCUUCUCGUUGAUUUGUUACAAGUUUUGUCAGUCUGUAGUACUCCAAAUGUUUUUCCCGGUCUGAUCGAUUAGUACAGCCCAGGACGUGAUAAUAAUUAUGGUUUCACCAGCAAUAAUCAGUAAGUUUUAAUAAGUUUUGUUCAUUUCAGUGGCAUUGUUUACAUUCAGUACCGCCAAUAUGGCCAAUUGAUGACGUGUCGUGAAAAUCCCCUAUUUUUGCCGAAUUGCGAAAUAAGUCUGAAUUGUGAGCUAUAAACUCAGAAUUGAGAAAAAGUUAAGAAUUGUGAAUUUUUCAUUCUUUGGUAGAAAUGAGCUUCCAUAAAGUUAUAUUUUGAUAAACAUUACGAAGACACACAUAUGUUUUUUUUAAUUUGGAAUAACACGCUGAUAAAUCAUGCACGAAAAGAGCGGUAGCGCCUUCUUAGGAAAGUAAAAAGGGUCCAUUUUGUUUUCAUGUUGACUUUAAUAUUAAACAAUGAUGUUUUAAUGUGGACGUGGAAUGUAUGACAGAAAACCCAUUGACUGAAAUGGCUCGUGCCAUAAGUCACAUUUCUCCAGCCGUCUUUUAGAUGUAUGUUUUGUGUUCAACCAAUGUGCUGCAUUGUAAAAUAUGUCUUGUAUAUAAUGUGUUUUUAAGUGCAAUAUUGUACAUUGAGUGUAGAAAGUCUGGAUUUUAUUUUCUUACUUGGUUUAGUUUGUCUUUAUAAUCGUAUUUAAGAUUAAACACAACACAGACCUAUGUACUUAUAGCACUUGAAGUGAAUUAUCCAUAUCUCUAAUAUAAUGGUUUCCUACUGGCCUUUAUGCAUGCAUUUUUAGUACAUCAACAGAUGUUGUACAUAAGCCACUCAUCCAAUUUAUUCAUGAAUUUAAUCCACUGCAUUUUAUUACUACAGUUUGUGGAAAAAGCGCGUUACAUCGGUUAAGGAAAUGUCAUUUUUGGUACUAUUCUCAUCAAUAUAACAAACAGUCUAUGUGAUACAAAUACAAUAAAUACAGUUUUACCAAUCAGUUUA